AUGGACGGAGCGUGGACCUCGAAGCGUGGAAUUCCCACGCCAAGCAACCCAAUCGGCCCAUCAAUUUACUUCAAAGCCUCUGUUCUGCUUUGGCUCACAGGAAGCAACGAAACAGAACGGCACCAUGUCAGCUGCAAAGGAAAGUGCCACGAAAUCGUGCGCCUUAACGUUGGUGGCACAAAAUACAAAGUAUCGCGGUCGCUCAUCGAAACAUACCCGGAUACAAUGCUGGCGAAGAUAAUCUCCAAGACAUGGCAACACGACCCCAAUAGUGAGGUAUUCAUCGACCGUGACGGCGAGCGCUUCCGAUACGUUCUAGAUUACAUGCGCGACCAGAAAGCUUUUGUGGCCAUGAACGUUUCGAAGGCCUCAAUUAUCAAGGAGCUCGAGUAUUUUGGUUUCGAGAACGUGCCCGACAACGCGGUCGAUUGCAGUGGCGCCAACUUGGAGGCUGCAGAGCACAUGAUCAUGAUACUGAAGGAUCACAAAGCUGCCGCAGAAGACCCCACGGGCACUAUCGCACGGAUGGAGGAGACAAAGGACUACUCCGCCAUAGCGCACAAAUAA